CACUAUGGAGCAGUACACAGCGAAUAGUAACAGUUCCACCGAGCAGAUCGUUGUGCAGGCUGGACAGAUUCAGCAGCAGCAGGGUGGUGUCACUGCUGUCCAGUUGCAGACUGAGGCCCAGGUGGCAUCCGCCUCAGGCCAGCAAGUCCAGACCCUCCAGGUAGUCCAGGGUCAACCACUAAUGGUACAAGUAAGCGGAGGUCAGCUGAUCACGUCGACCGGCCAGCCGAUCAUGGUGCAGGCUGUGCCUGGGGGUCAGGGCCAGACAAUCAUGCAAGUCCCGGUUUCUGGAACACAGGGACUGCAGCAGAUUCAGUUGGUCCAGCCAGGUCAGAUUCAGAUUCAAGGUGGGCAGGCUGUGCAGGUACAGGGGCAGCAGGGCCAGACCCAGCAGAUCAUUAUACAGCAGCCACAGACUGCAGUUACUGCUGGCCAGACACAGACCCAGCAACAAAUAGCAGUUCAAGGACAGCAGGUAGCACAAGCAGCUGAAGGCCAGACCAUAGUCUAUCAGCCAGUUAACGCUGAUGGAACCAUUCUCCAGCAAGUUACAGUCCCUGUUACAGGCAUGAUCACCAUUCCAGCAGCCAGUUUGGCUGGAGCACAAAUUGUCCAAACGGGAGCCAACACCAAUACAACCAGUAGUGGACAAGGGACUGUGACAGUGACCCUGCCAGUGGCUGGGAAUGCUGUCACUUCAGGUGGAAUGGUUAUGAUGGUACCUGGAGCUGGGUCAGUACCAGCCAUCCAGAGAAUACCUUUGCCUGGAGCAGAAAUGCUGGAAGAAGAGCCCCUCUAUGUAAAUGCCAAGCAGUAUCACCGGAUCCUUAAGAGGAGGCAGGCACGUGCUAAGCUUGAAGCAGAGGGAAAAAUUCCCAAAGAAAGAAGGAAAUACUUGCAUGAAUCUCGGCAUCGUCAUGCCAUGGCCAGGAAGCGGGGAGAAGGUGGACGUUUCUUCUCACCAAAGGAAAAAGACAGCCCUCAUAUGCAGGAUCCAACCCAGGCCAAUGAAGAAGCAAUGACACAGAUGAUCAGAGUCUCCUAACCACUGCUCAAGGAAAAAAAAAUAACUGAAUAGAAUUCCCGUCCCUUCUGCAAGUCUGUCCUACCUUUCCAGUGCAUCAAGUGAGUCUUUCAGUGGGACAAUCGCCAUAUCACAGCCUAUCCUUUUCUACAGAAUGAGCACCACGUUUUCAGUACGUGGCCGAGAUUUUAACUGCGGUUGACUCAACAAAUAGAAACUUACCGACUUUCUUGGUAUACUCUUCUGACCCAGCACAGGGAUUUCAGAGUCUGACUGCUCAUGCCUUUUUUUUUUUUUCUGUUGCAUUAAGAUUGGCCAUGGGUGAGAGUGUGCCACGGACUCAGUGAUCAGCAAUAACGCUGGCGUGCUGAAGCAGGGCCAGCAAAGACCUCUUGGAGU